AUGAAGGUCUACUCCCUCUCUCUGCUCUCAGUCACCCCUACAACACCCGCCCAAGCCACUCUGUUGGGUACAUCCCAGGAUCUGAGCAGUUUCUCAUUCUACCAACGAAGUAGUGUAGGAGAGUUUAUGACUUUCUUCACAAAGACCGUCGCUGAACGAACACCUGCCAACCAACCUUCCUCGGUCGAAGAGAACAAUUACAAAGCUCAUGUGUUCAGGACAUCAGGUAGACAAGCGGGUAGUCCAGGUAUGGCCGCCGUGAUGAUAACCGAUUUAGAAUACCCCUACCGACCCGCUUUCUCCCUCCUCACCAAAUUACUCGAUGAACAUACCGCCUUACUUAACAACCUUCCUGCGGCAUCUGCAGCCCCAUCAUUCGGAUCAGCUUCUGCCAACGCAUUCGGUGGUAAUCCCUCGCAAGCAGCUGCAGGUGGACUACCACCAGCUCAAAAGGGUAAACUCGAAGGUACAUUAGCAGGUUAUCUAUCAAAAUAUCAAGAUCCAAAACAGGCCGAUACGAUUAUGAAGGUGCAAAAAGAAUUGGAUGAGACUAAGAUUGUUCUUCACAAAACAAUCGAAUCUGUACUUGAAAGAGGUGAAAAAUUAGAUAACCUCGUUGAACGUUCCAAUGCCCUUUCAGCGCAAAGUAAGAUGUUCUACAAGACAGCCAAGAAGCAAAACUCAUGCUGUGUUGUCAUGUAA